UGAUUCUCAAAUGUAAUUGUCAAUCAGCCAUUUAUGUAACGGCUAGAUAAAAUUGGAGGAGGUUUAGGCGCUCUGUGGAUGUGCUCUGUUUCUCGCCGCGUUCCCGGCCGAGCGAGAGAAGCUGAGAGAUGGGAGCGAGUGAAUCUCAAACAAAAAUGCUUCAGCAAGAUCGGGCCAUGAACCCUGUCCUUGGAAGUCAAGCUCUGGUUGGACCACCGUCAACUCUGCGCAUCCAUACCAACAGUCAGAAGAGAUGUGAGAAAGAUGGUAACUUUAACUUCCUGGGACAGGAUGAUGACCCCAUGACAGGAGAUGAAAAUCGUAACCAGGUGCGUCCAAGAGCUUUGGGCCGUGAUCUGCCCCUUUCUGCCAAUCACUAUGGACCUGGACCCCUUUCCCCCUUGUCUCGUCUGCCAUGCUGGAGCCCUUUGGAGCCUCUUCCUGAGAUUGAAAGUGGAGACGAUAUGGGCGGCAGAGUGCCUCCAGAUGGCGCAGAAGAAGGCAAGGUUGAUGAAGAGAUGAGGAGAGUGAUGGAUGAAAAGGAGAAGGCGUUGGGAGAGAGUGAGAAAGUAGAGGACCUACUGGAUGAUGACGAAGAGGAGGAUGGUGUAAUAGAUUGGGCUGACAGUGAUGAAGAGUUUGAAUUCAGUUACAGGUCAGAAAGCUCUUCCCCACUCAGCACAGAGAGUGGUGACAUCGGGGGCUCAGGGGCCCACAAUUCCAUCUGGGAUCAAAUCUGCCGUGAACGUCCAAUGGCAGACAAUGGGAUUGCAACUGUGGACACCCUGAAAAACCAAAACCAAGUGGAUAAGAAGGCAGAGCGGCGUCGAGAGAGCCUGGAGGGCGCUGAUGCAGUUGAAGACGGCUCGUCGGACUCGGACACCAACCCCUGUUCUGAGCUGCCGGACCUUAUGGAGGCUGUUUGGACGCUACAGGACCGGGAGAGGUUUAAGGCACAGGAGAUGGAGAAGCAUCAGGUCCAACUGACUAUGUAUCGUCGCCUGGCCCUUAUCCGGUGGGUUCGCACCUUACAAAACCGUGUCCAGGAGCAGCAGAACCGGCUCCAGUCCAGUUUCGAUAUCAUUCUUACGCAUAGGAAAGAGCUUCUGCGCAUGGGUGCUGCCACUGCUGCCCAAUAACGGACAAUCUGAGAAAAGUCAUGAGACCAGCUGAUGACUAUUAUCAUGUGAAAAGUCAUCUUUGUGCAUCAUAUUCUUUUGAAUCAAAUGACCUCCUGGGUCUCUGAACUAUUUUUUUUUUUUUUUUUUUUGCCCUAUAAUGGUCCAUAAUGCUAAACUUUUAUCACCAUCAUAAAUGUGGUUAAAAGUUCUCCAGAACAUCACCUUGAACUGUGCCGAUGAGGUUACUGAUGUCUCUGAACUCCUCCAACCUGAUAUGUUUUUAAAAAAAAAGUAAUAUAAAUGUUUUUGU